GGGGAGGAUUUGCAGCGCAGCUCGCACCAGCGCCGGGUGCUAUUACUUCCGUGUCAGAGGCAGGCAGCAGCGGCGCGGCGGUUCCCUCCCCGGCACGCUUCAGUCUCACCCACCGCCGCCUCCAGGCUGAGGCUAGACAGGGAGCUGGAGCGGCGGCCGGGCGCACGGAUAUCGCUCCCUCCUCCCCCUUUGCAGCAGCUGCUGCUGCUACCAGAGAGAAGCAGGGAAGCGGCCGUAAGGAGCACCAGAUUUUCCCCUCCCUGGUCAGGAGCCCGGAGCUGUGCGUGGGUUGCCCUCCCUGCUCUGCACCUAUUGCCACAGAAGGCCAAUCUUCGCUGCUGCAAUUGACCAGCUGCUGCUGUGCGGGAGGGAGCAGCAGCCAACCCAAAGUUGCUACAAAGAUCGAGGCUUCCCGGCGAGAUCUGGCACCAAGUCCAGCUCCUUUGAAAGAAGAAGGAGCCAGCAGGCGCUUUGCUGUGGACGUGCCCAUUGCGCACCCCCGUCGCUGGGAAGCCCUCGCCUCUCCACGUGCGGCAGCACCGCGGUAUCUUCCCCCGGAGACAGCGGGUAGUGCGAGUGGGUGGGUCGGUGGGCGCAACUCCAUCCCCAGCGCUUCACUGCGAACCAGGCAGCGGCCGAGGAUCCGCAAUCUUUGCAGCGGGGGGGAGUAGCCCGCUUUGUACAGGGUGGGGGUGUGCACCCCCUCCCCCUGGACCGCUCUUUAUACUGGGGGGCUAGUGCGGUGCUUUUCCUAUUCGCCCAGGGCUUUCCAAUCGCCUAGCGCUGCCAUCCUCUCCCCCGUUCUCUUUGUACUUUAGUUCACGUGCUGCCUACUGCCCGGGCUGUUUGGAAACCCCCCGUGAGAUUUCUCUUCGCGGGUGGGGGGCUUGCGUCUCCCAGAUCCCACCAGCCAACCCCAGCUCUGCCACUGCGCUGCUGCAUCCGUUCACUGGUGUUUAUGGUCGCCAGCAGCCGAUCCCGGUAGUGGAAGGUGCAGAGGAGCUGGGGGGAGGGAGAGAGCCGGGGAGAGAGAGAGAAUGGCCGAGAGAAAGAGGAACUGGAACAAGGAAGACGACCUGCCCGUGUAUCUGGCCAGGCCGGGCACCACGGCUCAGACCCCCCGGCAGAAAUACGGGGGCAUGUUCGCCUCGGUGGAGGGGGCCUACGAGAACAAAACCAUCGACUUCGAUGCCUACAGCGUGGGGAAGAAGGGCUCCCGGACCCCGCGCAGCGGCAGCAGACACGACAUGAUGCUGGAUGGGGGGGACAAUUACAGUGAGACCGCCAGCGAUGUCAGCGAGGUCUCCGGCUCCGUGAUCAGCUCCCCGGGAGACCGGGACGACAAGACCCCGGGCAUCGAGAUCAGAUACCCGAUGGGGAAAGAGCUGCUGCAGGGCCAGGACAAUGGGAAGAGUGAUCGACUGCUCAUUAAAGGUGGAAGAAUUAUCAAUGAUGACUACUCCUUCUAUGCAGACAUAUACCUGGAAGAUGGACUUAUAAAACAAAUAGGAGAGAAUUUGAUUGUUCCUGGUGGAGUAAAGACCAUUGAGGCUAAUGGACGUAUGGUUAUCCCUGGGGGAAUCGAUGUCAAUACUUACCUACAAAAGCCCUACCAAGGAAUGACCGCUGUUGAUGACUUCUAUCAAGGCACAAAAGCAGCUCUAGCAGGCGGUACCACCAUGAUCAUUGAUCACGUGCUCCCUGAAGCUGGGGUGAGUUUAUUGACCGCAUUUGAAAAGUGGCAUGAGGCAGCUGACACCAAAUCUUGUUGUGAUUACUCUCUCCAUGUGGAUAUCAAUAGCUGGUAUGAUGGGAUCAGAGAAGAGCUGGAUAUCCUGGUGCAAGAUAAAGGUGUUAAUUCUUUUCAAGUCUACAUGGCCUAUAAAGAUCUCUACCAAAUGUCCGACAGUCAGCUUUAUGAAGCUUUUACGUUUCUGAAAGGGCUUGGAGCUGUAAUCAUGGUCCAUGCUGAAAAUGGAGAUUUGAUAGCUCAGGAACAAAAACGUAUCCUGGAGAUGGGAAUCACAGGACCUGAGGGACAUGCCCUAAGCAGACCUGAGGAGCUUGAAGCAGAAGCUGUUUUCCGUGCCAUCACCAUCGCCAGUCGAAUCAACUGUCCGGUGUAUAUCACCAAGGUGAUGAGUAAGAGUGCGGCUGAUAUCAUUGCACUGGCUAGGAAGAGAGGUCCUCUAGUUUUUGGCGAGCCAAUCACUGCCAGCCUGGGGACAGAUGGUACACAUUAUUGGAGCAAAAACUGGGCCAAGGCUGCAGCCUUUGUGACCUCACCACCUCUGAGUCCUGAUCCCACCACACCAGAUCACUUGAACUCACUCUUAGCAUGUGGGGACCUGCAGGUGACGGGAAGUGGGCACUGUCCCUACAGCACUGCCCAGAAAGCCAUUGGAAAGGAUAACUUCACUAUGAUUCCUGAAGGAGUUAAUGGAAUCGAGGAAAGAAUGACUGUUGUCUGGGACAAGUCUGUCGCCAUAGGCAAGAUGGAUGAGAACCAGUUUGUUGCUGUUACCAGUACCAAUGCUGCCAAAAUCUUUAAUCUGUAUCCAAGGAAGGGCCGGAUUGCUGUGGGCUCAGAUGCUGAUGUUGUUAUCUGGGAUCCUGAUAAAGUGAAGACUAUUACAGCCAAAAGCCAUAAAUCGGCUGUUGAAUAUAACAUCUUUGAAGGAAUGGAAUGCCACGGUGCUCCCCUGGUGGUAAUAAGCCAAGGAAAGAUUGUGUUUGAAGAUGGAAAUCUGCACGUAAAUAAGGGAAUGGGCCGCUUCAUUCCUCGCAAACCUUUCCCUGAAUACCUUUACCAGCGCAUCAAAAUCAGGAAUAAGGUAACAGGAUUGCAAGGGGUGUCCAGAGGAAUGUAUGAUGGGCCAGUGUAUGAAAUCCCAGCUACGCCAAAAUAUGCAACUCCCGCACCUUCAGCUAAGUCCUCCCCUGCCAAAAAUCAGCCUCCACCAAUCAGAAAUCUCCACCAAUCUAAUUUCAGUUUAUCAGGUGCUCAGGUAGAUGACAACAACCCUCGACGAACCGGACACCGCAUUGUUGCGCCCCCUGGUGGUCGCUCUAAUAUUACCAGUCUUGGCUGAACACAGAUGAUGGACAGAAUGGCAAGAAUGAAGGAUCAUGGGAAUAAUGUCUGUUCCUCUUGAUGUCCAUGUUAUUGAACCCACAGUUUUAUUCGGUACUAAUGAGGGGAAAAUGAGUUGUCUUUUUGUUUUGUUUUGUUUUCUUUUCUUUUUUUUUUUAUUGUAUAGGAAGAGGUGAUAAUAGUGUGGUGUGUUUGCUUGGAACUACUUGCCUCACAAUUGUGCUUUCUUGCCAUAGUCACCUUAAAGCAUGGUGCUUCCAUUGCCCCUUUAGUGACUACAGGUUUUAGCUUUGUCUUGUAACUAAAUGAUGGUUCCUUUGCACCCAUUAGCUGUACUAGAGUAGUAAAUGCAUGUUACUAAGUUAUUUAUGCAAGUUGCAGUCUGUGAGUGCGUCUGUUUAGAACACGUUGCCAACAAUUGACACAAUGCCAAGAUCAAUGCCACUAAAAUACAUAAGGAGGAAGAAUAUGGACAUUUUUAAAGUAUGCAGUAGAAUAGCGUAAGUGGCUUCUGUUAAUAUGUUUAAUUUAUUAUAAAUCCAUGAAGCGCUGCUCCCAGAUACAAAGAAACAACUUCAAAAUGUGUAAUGACAACAUGGCCUGUGUAGCAAUUCUCAUUAUCCACUAAGUACAUUCCAAGUAUGUGUCUUAACUGUUUUCAUUUUAGACAGAGCCAUAACUUCUACGCAGCAAUGCCAUUGCCAUCUCUUUCAGAGAUUUCUCCAGCUGGGCAGUAGUGUGCUCCUUUUGCAUGAGUGUUUUGGUACUUAAGAAUAACUUAAAUUACCGUUGGAUUUUUAAACUUUUUUGUACAAAGUUUUUCCUUUGUAAUCACAUGCAUUUUUACUUAUUAUACCCUAUCAGAUCUACUAGUUGUGGUUCUAUUUCUGAAUUCAAAGCUUGUGAAAUAAAGGAAAUGAAAAGAUCA